CUCUUUUAUUGUAUUAAAGCUGAAGUUACCAAUGAUGAGAUGGGGGUCCCUACUUUGAAAGAUGUGGUGAAGCAUGUCUUGGACAAGUCACUUUAUUCGUUUGGAUUAUGCACACAACUUCUUUUGUCUCCGUCCUCAUCCAUAAAGUUGAGCACAGAAGGACAUGGUGAGAAAAAAGGACGCCGCAACAAAUUGAUGCUCUUUCAUAAGCUUCCUUACCAUGAUAUUACACUUGAGGCUGCAUGGCCUGAACUGUUCGUUGACCAUAAGGGAAAAUACUGGGAUGUGCCUGAGUCAAUUUCCUUAGAUAUGUCAUCACUUGUCUCCAAAUCUGGAUUGCGGUACCACAUUGGUGUACAUAAAAACAGUGGUCAUCCCCAGGCAGUUAAUUCCAUAGAUGAUGAGGCACCUCCUUCUCUAAUGCCUGGAUUCUGCGCAAAGGCUGCCUUUUCUUAUGAAAAAAGCCAAGAUCUUUGGAGUCAAAAUGAGACACGAAAAGACAUCAUGAUACAGAAAGAAAAGGGUUUGUUUUGGCGGCCAUCUUAUGAUGUGCGUCUUAAAGAACCUCAUGCUGCAGUAUAUGGAGUUUUUGGUGGAGGCUGCACUGCCUGGUUUCAGGAUGGGUACAACCUGCUAUACUUUCCAGCACGGAAAAUUUGGAGAGCUCUACGGUGA